CCGGGACAUUGCCUGUAAAGACUAUAUUCUUAGACCAAGAACUAUUCGGUCACGUGUACGAGGACAGUUGUGGUUAUACCUAGCAUAUGUAGAUAAUUGAGGAAGAGGAAUCUUCAGAGGAAAAUCCAACUGCUCCACAGGAGCCUGGUUGGGAAAUGUUGGAUGGUUUUUCUGCUCUCAACACAAAUGACAAUGGCGCCUCAGCAUCAGCAGAGUCUGCUGGCUCAGCUUCUGGCCCAGAACAGGAACCAGCAGUACAAGAGCAGCCCCUGGAGCCCCUACCCCCGGGCUGGGAGGAGAAGAGAGAUGCUACAGGUAGAAGAUACUACGUCAACCAUACAAGCAGGAGAACACAGUGGGCAAGGCCAAGUCCAGGGGCAUCAGAUACUGGAACAAGCACUUCAGAAAGUACGCGCUCACACCAUCCGCGUUCGAGUCGAACAGGCUCCAGCAUAGCACAGUCAGAGAGUACAAUUUCUGAUGAUUCAACAUGUGACAAUUCUCAUUCGGAAAGUUCAAGAACACGAGUUCAGUCAUUUGGAGCUUCCGCUAUGACAACUCCGUCACGACUUCCCGCUGGCUGGGAGGAAAGGGUGGAUGCAAAUGGAAGAACAUAUUAUGUCAAUCAUGUUCACAGAAAAACACAAUGGGAAAGACCAACAGUGCAAUCUGACACAGAGCAAGAAUCGACAUCAGAAGAUGAUACAAGACGUAUUGCUCAGAUGUAUAGGCAGCGACGACACAUCAGUGUGGAAGACACGGUGAGCCUUGGUCCCGAUGGCAAUGCCUCGUCCCCAGCUGGUGCUCGUCGUCUGGAAUUUGCUCAACAGAAUAGGACACAGUCUCUAGAUGUACCGUAUACUCGGACCAGUACAGGUGAAGAUGAUGAAGAGCCAUUGCCGGCAGGAUGGGCUACGGGUGUCGCACCCAAUGGCAGAGUAUUUUAUAUUGAUCAUAACACCGCAAGAACUACUUGGGAGGAUCCUAGAAAGCCGAGAUCCAGUAGUAUGCGACGGAGCCAGGAUGAUGCCAGCUCGCCGGGCUCCAGCUUAAUGAGGCCUUCUUCUAACGAAGAUCUUCUCAGAAAUCUUGGACCAUUACCUGAUGGCUGGGAAGAAAGAACACAUGGAGAUGGACGAGUCUUUUAUAUUAAUCACAAGGCUCGUAAGACACAGUGGGAAGAUCCAAGAUUACAAGCUUUAGGAGGGCCAGCUGUACCUUAUUCAAGAGACUUUAAAAGGAAAUAUGACUACUUCCGGUCAAAACUACGUAAACCAAGCAAUGUGCCAAAUAAGACUGAUAUUAAAGUUUCUCGUAAAAAUGUUUUUGAAGAUUCUUAUAGAAUUGUGAUGGGAAUAAAAAGAUCUGAUUUGCUUAAAACGAGGUUAUGGAUAGAGUUUGAUGGUGAAGUAGGAUUAGACUAUGGUGGUGUGUCCAGAGAAUGGUUCUUCCUGUUGUCAAAGGAAAUGUUCAACCCUUAUUAUGGUCUGUUUGAGUACUCAGCAACUGAUAACUACACAUUACAGAUCAACCCAUUGUCAGGAAUUUUCAAUGAGGAACAUUUAACAUAUUUCCAGUUUGUAGGACGUAUAGCCGGCAUGGCAGUUUAUCAUGGCAAGCUAUUAGAUGCAUUUUUCAUCCGACCAUUUUAUAAGAUGAUGUUGGGAAAGAGAAUAACAUUAGAUGAUAUGGAAUCAGUGGACUCAGAGUAUUACAACUCUAUGUGCUAUAUCCGUGAUAAUGACCCAGAAUGCUUAGAUCUUUACUUCUCCAUUGAGGAAGACUAUUUUGGUGAGAUAACUGAGCGGGAAUUAAAACCAAAUGGCAGAAAUAUUCUGGUAACAGACGACAACAAAAUGGAAUAUUUAGAUCUGAUAGUGAAAUGGAGGUUUGUGUCACGAGUAGAGAUCCAGAUGAAGCAAUUCAUGAAGGGUUUUAAUGAAUUGAUAUCUAGCAGUAUGCUUGCCAUAUUUGAUGAAAAUGAAAUGGAGUUGUUGAUGUGUGGUCUGCAGGAUAUCGAUGUGAAUGAUUGGAAGAACAACACUGCAUAUAAAGGAGAGUACAAUCCUAACCAUCCAGUCAUCAUUCACUUCUGGAAGGCCAUUUAUUCAUUCAACAAUGAAACACGUGCCAGAUUGCUUCAGUUUGUGACAGGAACAUCCCGUGUUCCAAUGAAUGGCUUUAAAGAAUUGCAUGGGAGUAACGGACCACAGUUGUUCACAAUAGAAAAAUGGGGAAAUUUAUUACAGUUACCCAGAGCUCACACAUGUUUCAACAGAAUAGAUCUACCACCGUACGAGUGUUAUUCAGAGUUAAGGAAAAGACUGAUUAUUGCAAUAGAGAAUGCACAAGGUUUCGAGGGAGUCGACUGAGUGAUGUGAUAUUUCAAGGGAACUAUUUAUUCAUAUAUCUAACUCAUCAAGUGAGAACAUGUGGCAUCAACUCUGUUCUCAAGCUGUGUCUUGACUGGUCUGCUGGAUUAGACACCAUUCAUGAUAUUAUACAGCAAAAUCAUAGGAAAUCGCACCGCGGGGAAAACAAUAUCUAACCAAGUGUUUGUAGUUUUAGAUUACAUACCAUUCAGUUUCUGAGGCAGUUUGUGAUUUAUUAGAUGGCAUUGGUGAGACGUGUGUCUGCUCAUUUAUGUAUUCAUACAUUAUCCUUGGAGAUAAAACAUGCAAACAGUGAGUGAACAAAAUCAUAUGAUGACUCCUAGAGAGAAUCAAUUGUGGUGAAUGUUAUAGUGGUAUACAUACAGUUGCCAAAUUCCAAACUAAAGUUUACUAACUUUUGAUACAUAUAAUUGUGUACUGCUAAAAUGAAGUGAAAUGAAUUCAGAGUCUUAAGUUGAGACGGUACUUCAUAAACUGUUAGAAUUAUUUGCGACAACUACAUCUCCAAGUUCUCGCAUAUUCAUGAGAGGCAGUGGAGUUGAUACGUGUGGUUCUUUAGUAAACAGGCCUUUGCGUAAACUUCUACUGUGACUACCAUUAUGAGCUGAUUAUUGCUAGUGAAUAUGCAGUUUUUCUCCACCCUGGAUUUCCAUAUAUGUCUGUCAUAGAAGAGAGUUUUCAUGAAAAUUUCCAUGAUGGAUAAUUUAUUAUUUUAUUAUUUAAGUUUUAUAUGUUAUCUUCCAUAAUUAAGUGUCUGAGAUUGUGAUUUUUAUGUACAAAUUUCUGUUAUAACUGGGUCUUGAGGUAAUGAGCCAGGUAACUGAACUUGAAUCAACUUUAAUGCUGUCUCACCUGAUUAGUUUACUCCAUAAAAAGUUCUUUUCUGCAAGUUAAGAUUAAAAUGUAAACUGCAGAGGGUUGUAGCACAAUACCUCAAUUGAGAUAGAUUUAAUUGUUGUUACAAUACUGAGCACUCCAUGUUGUGAAAAGUACACCAAAGUUUAAGCCAAAAAUUGCCAAGACAGUAUUUUUCUGCAGACUUACGUUCUGUUGCAGGGGCCUCCACGGCCGAGUGGUUAAGGUCGCUGACUUUAAAUCACUUGCCCCUCAUCAACGUGGGUUCGAACCUCACUCGGGGCUUUGAAUUCUUCAUGUGAGGAAGCCAUCCAGCUGGCUUACGGAAGGUCAGUGGUUCUACCCAGGUGCCCGCUCGUGAUGAAAUAAUGCACGGAGGGGCACCUGGGGUCUUCCUCAACCAUUAAAGCUGGAAAGUCGCCAUAUGACCUAUAAUUGUGUUGGUGCAACGUUAAACCCAACAAAAUAAAUAAUUAUGUUCUGUUACAGUUUGUUCCAUGGUCUUUUUACUCGGAAAUUUUGAUAGAAGGUUGUCAUGACCCUGUGUGUAAGGGUCAUUUUCAAUUACAGGGGUCAUUUUUUAAAAUUAUUUUUUAAAUGCUUAAAACAGAGGGAAGAGAAAUCAAUGUACUUUGUGGUGUUGCAUUGAAAAAUAUUAAUAUGCUAACACAUUUGGGACUUCUUUUUACAGUUAAUGAUUUUAAAAAAGCCAGUAAUUUUUGUUAAAGCAGGGCUUCAAGUAGACCCUUAUAGCAUGUUAUUGUUCAAGACCUUGCAGUGCUUUCUUCAUGGAACAGCUGAUGAUUGAAAACAUACAUUUUUAGAGCCAUUUUGUUUAACAGUUUACCUUAUCAAGACAUCUUGAUAUCUAUCCAGUUGUUGAACUUUCAAUGCAAUCUACUUUGCUACUAAAUAUAGACAGAUUUACAAUAUAUACAGACUGGUGAAGUGUAUCCAGUAAUUAAACAAUGGCUGCAGUCCGCUUUGCUAUAACACAUACUGACGCUAGAACCAGUGUUUACUUAAAUGCAUAUGGCACCAAAACUUGCAUUGUCGAAAAGUCGAAUGCAAGUUCACUUGCAUCAUCUGAGACAUGUUCAGAAUUAUUUUGGGGAUCAGUUUGGAAAUGUUAAAAAUGUACACAAGUGUGCAUCAAAGAAAAUUCUUGAGUGUGGUGCAAAGCUUGUUACCUUGAGACCCAUGCACUGGUUAACUUUGAUCAAUGAGGGUGCAAGUGCUUAUUAAGAACAUAAAAAAGCAAGUAAAUCGCUGUGUUUUAAAUUAGUAAUCCCAGUUUUUACUGUAUAACUGACCAUAUAGUCAUAAUAAUAAUACGUAUGAAGCUAUGGUUUACAGUGAAAAUAAUUGGAAUAAUAGUUGUAAGGAGUAUUUAAUCAGUAUAUACAUGUAGUUUGCUAUGUUAUGCUGUACGGCAUCAGUUACCCCAGAUUUCACAGGCAGGAUUAUUUGUGUGCUUUGGUUGUGCUUUUUGUAAUGUUAAGGGUCAACUGUAUGUUCAAAGUUAAGACUUCAGGGAAAAUUUUCCCUCUAAAUUGUUGACUUGGAUUUGAUUGUCACAGUAAGGCAGUUGAAACUUUUAACAAUUGAGCCGCACCAUGAGAAAACCAACAUAGUGCGUUUGCGACCAGUAUGGAUCCAGACCAGUCUGCGCAUCCGCAGUCUGGUCAGGAUUCAUGCUGAUCGCUUUCAAAGCCUGUUGCAAUUAGAGAAACCGUUAGCGAACAGCAUGGAUCCUGAUCCGCGCAGGCUGGUCUGGAUCCAUGCUGGUCGCAAACGCACUAUGUUGGUUUUCUCAUGGUGCGGCUCAAAUUUAAAUUUUCAGGUCAGUUUGAUUUAAAUCAAUCAAAACUCAGAAUACAUACCUCUUGGUAUUUUAUUGCUUAUUUAAAGAGUACUUGUUUUCAUGAAACCAUGACAUUAACAUUGUGUAUAGAACAAAAAACUCAUUUUCUGUUUCAUUUAAGUGUACAGAGUUUCUUUGUUAAAUAUGGCUCUUGUGCAAAGUAUUACAGAAUUAUGUAAGUAAACUUUAUCAUAGUGCUCAAAGUUUUAUUGUAAUUGUAUAUACAUGUAGCCUCAAUGUAACAGCCACUUGCUUUUAGUAAGGCAGUUUAAUGUCUAAACAGUAGUGGUUGUGAUAGAGGGGUUCCAUUCUUACUCAUUUAGUCAGUACAGCUGUGUCUAGAUAUUGAGGGUUCACAUGUUAAUUGUAGAUUAAAACAUUUGAAUAUGACUGCCCUCCUUCCCCCUCCCCAGCCACUUAAAUAAUAAACAAAGCAAACACACAUGCACAUGAAGGAAACAUUGAGCAGGGGACAGGUAACAGCUGAAAUGGCAGUCUGUCUAAAGAGCUUCUUUAUGAAGUGGAGUAACUAACAAGAGCAUCCAGUGUUCUUAAUUUUUAUAUAUAUUAUAUUUCUUAAUUUAAACUACUGUCUUGCCAAAUAUCAUCUGAUAUAUUUUCUUUGGUAUAACGUAAGUUCUGUAUAUGUGUAAUUCAUAAUUCAUAAUGUUACAUAUAGAGACAUUGGUUUAUUCUCUUUAAAUAUCUAGAAAUUUUGUACAGCUAACUUAACCACUGUAAUUCAUGAGCAGUUGGAAGAAAAGGAUAAGUUUUCUUCGGUAUGUUACCCAUGGUCAGUAGGGAGAAAAGAACAAGUUGUCCUUCAGUGUAUUACCCAUGGUCAGUAAAAGAAACGGACAAGUUCAGUAUUUCCUUAUGUAUCUAUAAGCAGGUUUAUUAUAAUCAGUAACUGCAGACCCUUCACCCGCCCGCUUAGCUCAGUAGGUAGAGCGUUGGUCUACGGAUCAUGGGAUUGUGAGUUCGAUCCUCGGGCGGGGUGUAUGUUCUUCGUGACUAUUUGAUAAACGACAUUGUGUCUGAAAUCAUUAGUCCUCCACCUCUGAUUCAUGUGGGGAAGUUGGCAGUUACUUGCGGAGAACAGGUUUGUACUGGUACAGAAUCUAGGAACACCGGUUAGGUUAACUGCCCGCCGUUACAUGACUGAAAUAUUGUUGAAAAAUGGCGUUAGACCCAAAACAAACAGGGCUGUAUAUAGUAAUCUAUAUGGUUGCUUUAAGGUAGUGGUCCCAUAAUUGUAAUCGGCAACGUCGGUUUUAUUGUGUAUUCUCCCUAUGCGGUAUUGGUAUUUCCCCGCAGGUAUGGAAAGUGGCUACUGUAUCGGUUGGAGUAGAAUUUGGAAAUUACAAUAUCCGAGCAUCAUUACUUGUCCAUUACCUUAACAUAAAUUCUUCCAUACUUGUAUAACUGCAGAAGUUUCAUGCAGAUUUUGUUUUCUAUGACAUGUACGAGUACGAUACCUUUUAUCAUGUGUUGUGUUAUAUACAUACAUGUUUUCUAUUUUGUAGCAUUACAUGUUUGUUAUAUAAAUUAUUUCUCAUUUUUGUUACUGUUUAUAAGCGUUAUGAUUCAAUUAAAUGGCUGGAACUCGC